AUGUCAAGCCUCGGUCUCGAGAAACCCAACACCACCACCGCCACUCCCACCUUCCUCACCCUCCCCAACGAGAUUCUGAUCAAAAUCAGUCGGAACCUCUGCAUCCACUGCCGCCUUCUCCGCAUCGGCGAAGUCCCCCACGAAGAAGCGGUCACUGCGGUGGUUCAAGAUCAAACCGCACUCGCCAGCCUCAGCGCGUCCUCUAGACAACUACGAGCCGUCGCCCAGCCGAUUCUCUUCCACUUCUUUCACUCGCUCGACCGUAGCUACGUCGAUACUCGCUACCGCCUCUGCCGUUUUGUCUGUGCCCUCUCCUGUCGCCAUGACCUGACCGUGUCCGUCCGGAGCUUGGUUCUCUGGACGCCGGACCACAUGACCCCCGAACCGAGCCCACGGGCGGAAGAGUUGGCGUCCGCGGCGCUCCAGGAAGAGGAGCACAUUCGCCAGAAUACCAGGGCAGAACUCGGGUCCUGGUGGGAGAGUCACCGGGCCAGUACAGUCGACCAACUGCAAGAGCUUGCGAUAGCGCUUGCACCGGGGGUUACAUACGUACUAUUAUACCGUAAGUUUGCAUACCGGUUGCCAGACCCCGGGACGUGGAGCGCCUGGACCUAUCCGUUGGAGGGCCUCCGGCACCUUGUACUGGUCGGGUGGCGGACGGGGUGGCCGUCUGAGUCGCAUGGGAACUCCUAUCAUAUACAGGAGGUCCAGGCAUUUCUACGGUGUGCGAGGAACUUCGAGAGUCUGGUUGCGGCGGACUGUGGCGGCGAUAGGCUCGACAUCUCGUCCGACUGGGUGGUCGGCCGCGGUAGGCUGAAGGCAAUGCCGUGGGAUGUGGAGUUGCCCCGACUGAAGAAGCUCUCGAUCAGUAGCGAUAACAUUGGGCCUGAGGAGGUUGAGGCGAUCAUCCAUAAUACCACGGUAUUUGAGGAUUUGGAAUUGUUUCAUGGCGGCCUGGACUUUGGACGGCCUGUGCUUGAUCUGGAAAUGCACCUGGGGACUGUAAAGGGGACACUGAAGAGAUUGUGUUAUUCGGCUUUUCCGCUCACGGCCAACUUGGAGUUGGAGGACAUCUAUCCAUGGAUUAUAGGCCGCCAGGAUGAAAAUUCUGACGACUCUUUUGACCCUGAUUGGCAUCAGCUCGAGGGGUUUCAGGCUGGGUUUUCACUGAAGGAUUUCUCUGUCCUUGAGACACUAGAACUGGAGCAGCUCUUAUUAUAUGGGCCGGUGGAUGAGGAGCUCGAAGAUGCGGAGAGCGAUCGUACCUAUGAGGCGGUGACGACGGACGAGUUUCUGCCAAAGUUCCCACCCUCACUAGGGGUUACUUCCAACCAGACCCGGGUUUCGGGUCCACCUUCCCGAGCCGGUGUCUUAUAG